UUGAACCUUUGGGGCACGAAUUUAGCGCUAUCUGAAGGAAGAACAGGAACGUGGACCUGCUCCGUCACUCAUUCCAACCCUGCUUCGACCCUUAUUUGGCGAAAUGACACUGAAACCUUUAUGCCAUCCUCACCUGCUGUUGUUACAAAAGCAUCAAAUUCUUAUGAAACACGACAAGAGUGGUCCUUCACAUACCAUCGAGAUCUGUCAUUUACUAACUUCACUUGCAUCGCCGUCGGCUACAGAAACCAGACCGUGUCAAAGACUAUGCAGUUUGGAGAUAUAUAUUAUGUCCCAGAGUUGGUAAUACGAGGAAAAACAGUUCUAGAGGAAGGGGAAACUCUAAACUUGACAUGCCAGGUGGUGGCAGCUAAUCCAAUGGCAAACGCAACAUGGACUGGGACAGCUAGCGGGGUUAAGGAGAUAUCAAACAUUCAGAAAAAACAAGACGGAGAGGAACUAACUUGUGAAGCAACAAACAGUGCCGGAUCAUCAAGAAAAGCUGCACGAGUAACUGUGCAUUACGGUCCAUAUUUCUCCCUCGCUUCAAACGUUUUGGGACGAGAAGGAACCAGUGUUUCAAUUGUGGCGACUGUGUCUGCGAAUCCAGCUCCUACAAGACUGAACUGGAAAAAGGCUGGAAACGAUACCGUAUUGUCUACUAGCAGAGUACUUCUCAUUGAAAAUGCUACAAAAGAAGAUGCGGGGGACUAUAUAUUGGAAGCAACAAGGGUCAGGCAACGAGAAAACAACAUUACGGAAGACGUCACGAAGAAUGUAUCUGUACACCUAGAAAUCAGACAUGGACCAGCCGCUGCACGCAUUUCUCCCAACAUAACGAUGUUAGAGCUUGACAUUGGAUCAUCUGUUCCCCACAUCGUAUGUACCGCAGACUGUUUUCCAACUUGUGACUUCAAAUGGACACAACACUAUAGAAACACUCAGAGACAUAGAUCCGUAACUGCAAACCUGGACCUUGGCAAGGCUACUACAGAAGUCAUUGGUGACCACACAUGUGAAGCUUACAACUACAUUGGAGGACAGAAAUACUCAGCUACGGUCACAUUUCAGCUGCGAGUAAAAUAUGCUCCAACAAUACAGACAGUGUCCAUCAAUGGAUUAUCAAACACCCCAUUCAAUGAGAGUGGCGUCAUUAGGAUCACCGCCGUAGUAAGAGCUUUUCCCGCACCAUCGGCGGUGACAUGGGGCAUCAAGAACGAUCGAUUUACCGACCCGUUUAAGCCAUUAACUGAUGAUUCCAGAUACUACGGUAACAGAACUAAUGACUGCUCUUAUGACUGUGAAAGCACGGAAGUUCUCAUCCUUAAUCCCCCGUCUUGCACCGACACAGGAAACAAAUAUUCGGUAUAUGCAGCGAACGAGAAAGGAAACUCAAGUGUAAAGACAACACUGAACAGAGUUACUAUCACAUGUAUUCCUCGUCGGGUGUAUUACAGUUUCACACACUUUAAAUGUGAAGGCGAGGAACUAAAUAUGACCGCUUCAUUUGUCUCAGUUCCCGGACCCUUUAUAACAUGGUACAAACAGCCAGACAAUAAAAAUCACGUCUACUAUGAAGAUUUCCGAGGGAAUUGGAAUACCCUAUAUUACACAUCGCGAUAUCACGUCCAGUUUGUUACUUCUCAAACGUUCGGGACAUACAUGGUUGUAGCCGAGAAUAGCAGAGGGGUUUCAAACGGGAGGGUUCUUGUUCAAGUGAACAGGAAACCUAAUUGCACAGAAGGAAGUACUACAACAACAACAAGCAGUACCACAGACAGAAGUGAUGCGUCUACCCUCAUAUACAAUGGGGAAAUUAUGACUAGAAUAAUUCUGUAUGUUGUCGCGUGCAAAGUUGUUAUCAAGGCAAAGUACUAAACAACACAGCACAAUUAGAAAAGGAUGAAGAAUUUUUUUAUGCAUUUUGUAAAAAAUAUGGAACGGAUUUUGUGAGCUUAACAAUAUUGCGUGUUUUGUUGUGAUUUUUUAAGGUCUAUAAGAACUGCAUGCUGUAAUAAGGAUAAGAAUGUUUGAUAUAAAAUACAUGCACGUAUUUGCAAUACAGUUCAACAUUUUACAGAAUAAUAUCAAUGAAGAAAAAAAUAUGAUACUAAAUGGAAGAAUGAUUAAGGAAAAAACUAAUAUUUUUAUGACAUUUAAUAAUUAUAAUUGUUUUUUUGGUGUGGUAAAACAUGCCUGUUUAAGGACGAAUAAGAUACUGAAUAAUUAAAAAAACAAUUAAUCUGAUUUAUUGAUUAUAAAAAUAAAUGAAAUAAAUCAUCAUAAAUAGAUAAUAAAUAAUUUUAUUUAUUUACAAAAAAUCAUUGAAAACAAUAUAUAUUUAACAUAACAUAGAUUUAUGAAAUAUGUUAAAUACUUUGAAUAUUUUGAUUUAAAGCAAUAUGAGCUUUAUUUUUAAUAAUUUUAUGAUAAGUCUGCAUGUUACUUAAACUUUUAUGGUGAAUGAAAUUUGAAAAAUUCAUCAAUUUUUUUCAGAAGAAAGAUUGCUCUGAUAAGGAAUAAACAGCAAUUUGGUUUUUGUACAGGACGACAAUAAUUCAAUUUUGCUCCAAUUAAGGCUUCUUAACGGCUUUUCCCACCAAAAUACAGCUUACAGAAUUUUAAAACCAUGAUUUGUUUAGGUCAUUUUAGAAGAAAAACACAUUUUCGUAUAAAGAAAUUUCAACAUGAAAAUCGCAGCUCAUUUUGCUUUAAAAUGGAGUAUAUGUAUCAAAACCUCCCAAAAUGUCAAUUUAGUACCUCAGUGAUUUUUAUUUUCUUUUAUAGCUGUCCAUCAUUCUUUUGUCAUAGUCUAUAUAAGGUCUAUUAAAAAACAAACCGAUUUCAAUCAACAAAAUUGUGGAGUGUGACCAACUUUAAAUUAAAAUUUCAUUUUGUAUUUCAAAAAUUGAACGAGUAUUGUAAUGCUUAAUAAUAAAUAUGUGGUUUUUUCAAAUUUUUAAAUCGUAUUUGUCGUAUCCUACGUGAAAAAUUCCAGUAACUGCAUGGCAAGUGAUUCAUUCUAUUUAAAGUUGUAAACCGUUGAAGUGAAGGGGGUGUGAUGUCGUGUUUUUAUCAAAACAAUGAUUUUAUAACUUAAUUGUUACUACAAAUAAUGAUAUAUAUAUUUCACAAGUAAAAAUACACAAACUAAAGAUACUUUAACAAAGUUUGUUCCUCAUUUGUGAGUAGUAGAAUAUUUUUUUUAUAUGUGAAAAAAAGCUUCACGGAAUUAAAAUUGGAAGCCUCUUCGGAUUUCUCGAAAUCCCGGAUAGCUCGACAUUUGUUGAAGUUAGUGAUACCGAUGUUUACGUGAAUUAACAUCAUUCUCCAUUCAAUGAAUUUUUGGAAUACACAU